AUGGUCGCCUGUGUAAGCGCAGCUGGUCAAUUUAUCCCGCCAAUGAUAAUAUUCAAACGAAUGCGCAUGAGUGAUCAAUUGAAAGAGGGAGCUCCAGCUGGAAGCUUGGUAACUGUUUCGGAAUCCGGUCACAUCAACCGUGAGCUGUUCUGUCAAUGGUUGGAACAUUUCGCUUCUGUUGUCAAGCCAACAAAAGAAGAUAAGGUCUUACUGUUGCUCGAUGGGCACACAACACACAGCAAAAACCUUGACGCUUUGAUGUUCGCACGCGAGAAAGGCAUCGUUUUGCUGCAAUUACCAGGACACACUACGCACAGAUUGCAACCGCUUGACGUGUCAUUUUUCAAGCCAAUGAGCACUUACUACACCCAAGCCAUCGAAUCUUGGAUGCGUUCACAUCCUGGCAGUGCUGUAACCCAGUAUCAAGUAAGCUGGCUUAUUAAUGAGGCAUAUGAACGCGCAGCCACGAUUGGUAACGUUGCCAAUGGAUUUAAAGCAACUGGUACCUGGUCUGUAAACCGGAACAUAUUUCAAGAUCAUCAUUUCUCAGCAGUUAAAGCUUUGGUCGCCAAUGUUACCAGUGCUGGACAAAAUGAUUCUCCAACGUUCUCUACUCCAUCUUCCAAUAUACAAUAUGAUGUACCCUCCACAUCUCAGGUUGCUAAGCUGUCAAAGUUAGAUGAAUUCAAAAGUAGCCUGAAUAUUCUAUCCCCAUUACCCAGGAACAAUUUACCGGGUAAAGGCAGAGGCGCUCAAAAAGCCGUUGAAUUGUCAUCUUCUCCGUAUAAAAAUGAUUUAGAGACAUCUCAGCAGAAAUCUAAACAGCCCAAAAAAGUUCCAUUGCAAUUAAAUAAACCGAUCAAACAGACUAUAAAAAAAAUAACCAAAGUAAAUACAACCCGUGUUAAACAAAACCAGAAACUUAAUGAUAGAACCGCACGCAAUAAGAAAAAGAUAAAAGUUAAAGACAGUGAAGAGUCGACUGAAGACGAAGAAGAAGUCAUAGUCUUUGACGAUUCAGAGAGUUGCGAUUCAGAAGAUAAAGAAAAUGAUUGUGCGAAAUGUGGGUGA